AUGAGAGCCAAAGGCGAGAGCCAGAGGAGAGCGAAAGCCAGAGAGCCAAAGAGCGAGAGCCCAGAGAGCCCAAAGAGCGAGAGCCAGAGAGCCAAGAGCGAGAGCCAAGACGAAGAGCCAAAAAGCGAGAGCCAGAGCCAAAAAGCGAGAGCCAGAGAGAGCCAAAGAGCCAGAGAGCCAAAGAGCGAGAAGCAGCAAGAGCCAAAGAGCGAGAGCCAGAGAGCCAAAGAGCGAGAGCCAAAGAGCGAGAGCCAGAGCGGAGAGCCCAAAGAGGCGAGAGCCCAGAGAGGCAGACAGAGGAAGACAGCAGAAAGACUUAAGAAGAUUGAGCUAGAGAUCCACAUAAAAUCAGGAAGAGAUACGCACAAAGAAUCAGCGGAAAAGAGACGAGCCAGACAAAGGACAGGCCAGAAGAGCCACAGAGAAGAGGACAGGUUCACAGCACAAAGCGGAGCCCACAGCACAGAACCCACAGAGCCACAGAGAGAGACAGCUAACGGACAAAGCAGAGACAAAGAAGCCACAGGAGAGAGACACCACCAGACAGAGCACAAGUCAGAGAACCACAGGAAGAGAGACAGCCACGAGGUAAAGGACAGAAGCAAAGAGCCACAGGAAAGAGACAGAAGCCAAAGAGCCACAGACAGAGGAACAAAGCAAAGAGGCACAGACAAGAGACAAAGCCAAGAGCCACAGACAGAGACAGAACCCAAAGACCCACAGACAGACGACAGAACCAAAGACCACAGGACCAGAGAGGAGCGCACAGACAGAGCCAGAGGCCACAGCACAGAACCAAAAGAGCACGAGACAGAACCCAAGAGCCACAGGACACGCACCAAAGAGCCACAGGACAGACACCAAAGAGCCACAGACAGAGCCAAAGAGCCACAGGACAGAAACCAAAGAGCCACAGACAGAACAAAGCUACAGACAGAACCAAAGAUCCACAGACAGAAACAAGAUCCAAGACAGAACAAAGAGCCACAGACAGAGCCAAAGAGCCGACAGACAGAACAAAAGAGCCACAGAACAGAACCAAAGAGCCACAGACAGAACCAAAGAGCCACAGACAGAACCAAAGAGCCACAGACAAGAACCAAAGAGCCACAGACAGAACCAAAGAGCCACAGACAGAACAAAGAGCCACAGACAGAGCCACAGACAGAACCAAAAGAAGCCACAGACAGAACCAAAAGAGCCACAGGGACAGAAACCAAAAGAGCCACAGACCCAGAAGCCAAAGAGCCAACAGACAGAACCCAAAGAGCCACAGACAGAGCCAUAGAACAGAACCAAAGAGCCACAGACAGAACCAAAGAGCCACAGACAGAACAGAAGAGCAUGACAGAACAAAAAAGGCAUCCACAGACAGAAACAAAACCACAGACAGCAGCCACAGGACAGAACCAAAGAGCCACAGACGAACCAAAGAGCCACAGGACAGAACCAAGAGCCACAAGACAGAACCAAAGAGGCCACAGACAAACCAAAGAGCCACAGGACAGACCAAGAGCACAGACAGAACCCAAAGAGCGCACAGACAGAGCCAAAGAGCCACAGACAGAACCAAAGAGCCACAGACAGAGCCACAGACAGAACCAAAGAGGCCACAGACAGAACCAAAGAGCCAACAGACAGAACAAAAGAGCACAGACAAGCCAAAGAGCCACAGACAGAAAACAAACCACAGACAGAGUCCAUAGACAAAACCAAGAGCCACAGACAAAACCAAAGAGCCACAGACAGAACCAAAAGAUCCAGAACAAAGACAGAAGACCAAAAGAGCCAAGACAGAAGCCAGAGAAACAGAACCAAAGAGCCAAGACAGAGACCACAGAAGCCACAGACAGAACCAAAGAAGCCACAGAGCCAAAGAGCACAGACAGAGCCAGAGAGCCACAGACAGAGCCGAGACCGAGGUACGCGGCCCGUGCUCUUUCUCCCGGCGACGGAGCAUCCAUUAGCACCCGCGGGUCUCUGGGGAAAUACCUGAUGGGUUUAGGGAUGUGUACUCUGCUUGCUGCUGAGGCUCGCACUUGA